AUGUCGCCGUCCCAGUUCAUACCCGCACGCAGCUCCCGUCACCGCAUCGCCUGCGUAGCCCUCUACCGUGCCCUCAUCCGUGAGGCGCGCGCGGUCCCCCUCCCCGACGAUGUCCUCCGCAAGGGCACGCAGCAUCCGAUUCCGCGGCUCGUGAAGAAGGCCUUCGCGCGCAAUCGCACUGAGACGAGCUACCGAAUCGUUUUCUCGGCACUGGGGACAGGGUACAACGACGGCGAGCCCCCGGCCUACGUCUCCCCGCGGUUCCCCGUGCCGCGGGAGAACCUCACUGGUGCGCGGCGCGUGCCAUACGUCGCCAUCACGGCGGAGGGCAUUGCUUUUCUGCGACAGAAGAAGCUGCAGGACCACUCCGUCGCGCUCUACAUCCAGCACAAGACCAAGGUCAAGAGGCGCACGAUGACCCUGCUGCUCAGCUCGAUGCGCGAGGACAUAACGUGGGCUGCGGAAGAGGAUAGGUGGGAGGAGAUUGUGAAGAGGGAAAUGUACGCGGCGCAGCGGCAGGGGGCGCGGAAGACGAGCGCGCGCGCGGGGAGGCCCGACGACCUGGAUAGGUCGGGGAGGGAGAUGCCGGACAAGUUGAAACAGGACGAGAGCUACGGGCAGAUGGUAUUGGAGAACUGGCGGUUUGCGAGCAACAGGCUGACCAGCCUGAUGGAGCAGCAAGCCGCGCGGGCGAAGGCGUUUGUGGAGAUCCACAAGGCGGAGAAGGAGAUGCUCGACAAGGAGAACCAGGCUUACCUGUCGAUGGGACACCGUUGGAUGGUGGACACCCCCGAGAAGAAGAUGCAGAGGCACAAGAAGUUCCGGAUGGACUUUAGGGCGGCCAAGAUUGAGCGGAAGGCGAAGAGGAGGGAGAAGAACAAGUGGCAGAGGGUGAGAGGCUUGGAGCCGGCCCCUGUGGGGGUUUGA